AUGGACGAAGCAACACCUGUGACAGCACUUUGUGAACUAAAACUGAAAAAGAAAACCAUUUUGUCCAAGGCCGCAAGUUGCGGAAACCUGAAACUAACAGCAAAAGCGACCGCCUGGGGCGCUGAGCGGAGCCCCCGGCAGCAGCGCGGAGGCCGGGCGGGAGGGCGGAGGCCCGGCGAGGAGCUGCAGGGGCCACGGCCUGGGCCGCACACCGGGGCAGACGCGGCCCGGGGCGCCCGCAGGCAGCGUCCGGCCCGGCCCGGCCCGGCCCGCGGGCCGCCGUGGAGGCCGCGUCGCGCGAACUGCAGCGCCGCGCGGCGGCCCCCCGGCCCCGACCGCCUCCCCGGGGGCAGCGCCCCGGGGCGCCCCGCGUCCCCUCACCUGGAGAGCCGCGGGGCCCGCAGCAGUGGACGCAGGAACCGGCCACAGCGGAACCGACGGCGGCCGGAAGUGAGGAACGGGGACCGGAACCGGCUAACGAGCCGGAAGUUCAGUGAUGUAAAUAAUUCACGUUCCCGUUUUGGCCACGAUGGAAGGAAAGCAAAAAGCCAAGUUUCGUGUCUUCCCAACUUUUUAGACAAGACAAACGCUAUUGCUAUGCCUUUCCUGGUCCUUUGUCUAGAGAGAGCAGACUUUUGGGGGCAGUUUUUGUCUGAGCCUGCUGGCGUUUCUAGGUUGCUUGCAUUUCCAGCACCCAGUCUGAGAAAUAUGAAGCAAAAGGAAAACCCAGGGAACUCCCUGCCAUGUCUUUUGAGAAAAUGCACUCCCUUUUUGUCUACACCCAGAGUGGACCAUUCCAAUUGCCUCCUCUUUGGUAUGCUACUGAGAAUUUGGAGGUCUCCAGCCUCCUCUCCUUAUUUCCUUCUGCCUUUUCAGGUAAGGAUCUAAAGAUUGUUUUGCUAUUUCUCACUUCUGUGUUUUUUUGUCAUGCUCUCCCCUCUACCUGAAAUUCCCCCAUUCAUACAUAUACUUCAUCUAGCUUUUCCCUACUCUUUAAGAUUCAGCUAAGUGUCAUCUCCUCCAGAAAGCUGCCUAUGUUCAAUCAACUCCAAGUUAUGUGCCCCUUCUUAGGCUUCCAUAUCUUCUAAAUACUGAACUGCAUUGUCCUCAUGGUGUUCUAAUCUGUUCAUGACCAUGUCUUCCUCAGUUAUUAUGCACAAACCUAAGGUAGUCUUUUUUUUUUUUUAAGAUUUUA